UCCAGGAGGACCUGUGCCUGUCAGACUCCCUCCACACACACACACACACACACACACACACACACCCCAGCACGGACAGCUGCAGAGCCGACCAACAACCAUGGCUGCACGGGACACUACCUCUCUGCUCCUCGGACUUCUGCUCCUCUUCCUCACCUGGGGAGCGUGGGCUGAUGAGGUGAACAUGGAGGACAGAGUGAAGGUGUUCAGGGGAGAGCCGGCUCAGAUCACCUGCAUGUUCACAUCCUCUGAAGGCAUCGGCGGCCUGAUAAUACAGUGGUUUUACGUGACCCGGUCAGGUGACAAGCAGAGAAUCGCCUACCAGGACGCCACCAUGAAUAUUGUAGACCAGGGCACGCCGUUCACAGACCGGAUCAGUGCGAAUGUGACCGGAGCCACUGGAGAGUCCGUGCUGACUAUUGAAGAUGUGCAAGUUCAAGACGAACGGGAAUUUAUCUGUCUCAUCAAAGCUAUAACAGGUUGGACUGGGGAGGGACGCACCAACCUGAAGGUGUUCCAAAAACCGGACCGUCCCACCAUUGAGGCCGUGAAAACAGGGAUCUCAGUGAAUGAAGAAGAACCAUCUAAGAUUGCGACCUGCGAGGUUAAAAACGGCUACCCAAUGCCAACCAUCGCUUGGUACAGAAACAAUACGCCGCUGCUGGAUGGUGUGACAGUGACGCCCAGCAUCACACAUCAAUCCAAUGGUCUGAUCUCAGUGAGGAGCGAGCUGAGUAUGAAGGUGAUGAAGGAGGAUAAAGAUGAUGAGUUCUACUGCGAGAUCAACUACGAUGUCCCUGAAGGAAGUGCCAUGACAGAGUCUGAGCGUAUCAGCAUCACUGUGUACUACCCGUCCACAGCUGUGGACGUUUGGGUGGAGUCACCAAAGGGCAAGAUAAAAGAAGGGGACUCUGUUGAGCUUCACUGCAAGGGGAAUGGGAAUAUGCCAUCUUCAAUCUUCGGAUUCUCAGCCAACACACCAGCAGGUGAAUUAUCUGAGGAUGGCAAUAUGAUUGUGUUGGAGAAUGUGACCCGUCAUAACAAUGGAGUUUACACAUGUACCUCUACGGACACGGACACCUUUGAGGAGGUCACAGGAGACAUCACUGUGGAAGUUAACUUUCUCGACGAGGCUGUUGUGAGACCUGAAGACACUGUUGUGGUGGACCAGGGACAGGAGCUUCAGGCCACCUGCAACGCUCUCUCUUCUCUCCAGACAGAAACAGUCUGGUUUAAGGACGGACAGAAGGUUUCAACGGGCCACACUCUGAUGCUGAAGGACACAACGUUUGACACAGCAGGGACUUACACGUGUGUUAUAACUGUUACUGAGAUCGAGGGAAUGGUAACCACAGGGACACUCAAAGCUUACGUCAGAGGCUCGCCGGAAAUCUUUAAGCCGGAUGACACGGAGAUAGAGGCGAGUUUUGAAAGCAUGGUCGAUCUGAGCUGCACUGUCAGAGGUUAUCCUGCUCCUAAUGUUAUCUGGACCGACUCUGAUGGAAAGAUCCAUAAAGACAACCAAAUGAAGAUGGAGGAUAAAAUUCGAAGUCAGAUCAGCAUCAAGGUCACCUCUGACAUCACCGCUUAUUGCAAUGCCUCCAACGAGUUCGGCAAUGCUUCGGAGACCUUCAACAUCAGAGCCAUUUUAAACACCACCCCACCAGCUAUCACUACCACUAGCACUUCUAGCAGCACAAUUUCCUCCACCACAGUCAAAGCAGAAACAGCUAUCCCACCAAAGAAAAUCAAGAAAGAGGGCAAUGGUGUCGUCAUUGCAGUCAUCAUUAUCUGCAUCCUGCUGCUGGCCAUCUUAGGGAGUGUGCUCUACUUCCUCUACAAGAAGGGCAAGAUCUGCGGCCGAUCCGGCAAGCAAGACCUCACCAAAGAGAAGUCCAGCAAGGAUAACAUCGUGGUGGAGAUGAAAAGCGAUAACACAGAAGAAGCUGUGCUCCUCGGAGUCAACGGAGAGAAGCAGCCUCCCAACGACCAGUAAAGAGCGGUGGAUAUCUGGAUGUAGAGAAGUGAGGAGGCGCCUGCAGAAACACCAACAGCUGCUCCUGUUCUUCCCUCUCAGGCUCAGACCGGCCGAUGCCUUCCAGCCUCCACCGCAGCUCCUGAUCCCAGAGUUAUAUCAUGGAAAAGCUCCGUCGUCUGUCAGUUGAUAUCAUGAUGCACGACUGGGACUGAAAUUAUUCCAAGCUGCAGCUUUUGCUUACUGUCCUUUACAUCCAGCACAUCUCUGCUGGAGUUACCUUUGAAGUGAUUUGUGAUUUGAUCCAUGAUAUAACUCUGCGAACAAAUGUUCCACCUUCAAACCAAGGACUGUCCUCCGAUGGUUGUAAUUAGCCUUGCAUACUGCUGAUUGUCCUUAGAACAAUAAUUUGAGCACAACACGACCAGGGACUGUUUUUAUACCCGACUACGCAUCACCUCAGCCAAAGUAAUCACUGAAGAGCAGCCUGAAACAGCUCUUUAUCAAGUGUACAUAUUAUAAUCUAUGUAUAUAUUUCUUUAUUUAAAAUAACACGAUAGAAAAAAAAACUACCAAAAAUAAAUGACCAGAUAGGGUUUUCUUUGUUUUGUUUAGAUGCUCUUUAUGGAGAGCAAGAAGAGCUUAGGUCUUGUUUUUAUUUUGAAUAUUUUUUUGUCUUUACUUCCUGUUUUGCUAAAGUCUGUACACUGAAAUCUCUUGAGAUGCAACAACGCAUCCCCCUGCAGCCAGUUACAGCCUCACCAACUCACAGUCUUUUUCCCUUUUAGCUCUGAAAACAAACUUUUAAGUCUUUUAAUCACACAUCAUUCACAUUUGUAGUUUCUCCUUCUCUACAGCUAACAUUCUCGUCUUUACACGCCCCAGUUUGUGAAUAUAAAGAAGAUAUUUUUGUGAGACGGGUAAACAAUCAUAGAAGGGUUAACAUUAUUUGUAGUUCUCUUUGUGGUUUCUUUUUGUGGUUUCUUUUCUUCACAGUCUAGUUUUGAGGUUUUCUCUGUGUGUGUAUGAGUUGAAGCAUUGCCAACAGCAAUUUAAAUUUAAAAAAAAGUUACAGAUGCCUUAUUAGAAAUUCAAUCAAAGCCUACAGAAAUACCACUGGUUGCUGGUUAUGUUUCUAUUUAAUGUUCAGUGCACUGAUUUCUUCGUGGUUAUUCUUCAAGCAGAUGUGAAACAGUGGUUUUGUUUAAUGUUACUGUAUGUGAAUGAUAUGUAUUUCUGUAGCUA